AUUUUGACAUGGGAGGAGUCCGUUAAGAGAGACCUGAAGGAUUGGAGUAUCGACAAAGAGCUAGCUAUGGACAGGGGUGCGUGGAAGCUUGCUAUCCAUGUGCGAGAGCCAUGAGUUGGUUGCGAGAUCUUAUGGGUUUCACCUCUAGCCUACCCCAACUUGUUUGAGACUAAAGGCUUUGUUGUUGUUGUUGUUGUAACCUUGAAGUAGAGUCUCUUCAGCAAGAGAACAUAGGGAUUUUAAAUCAUCUAGAAAGUAGUGGGAAUGGAUUAAGUUUAUCCUUGCUUCGUGUUGACCUCGAACUUCACGCUAGAGUGGACAACUUGCAGAUGCAAGGCUUAUCAUUACUUGAAGAUACUAGUUGUCUUUGUGGCAAGUUGUUGGACGUCAUGAAAUCCAAGAGUGAGAAUAUUCGCAGUGUUGAUGCACUAGCAGCCAUUGAAUACACUUUGAAGUACCAGAACAUAAGACAAGGAAUGGACAAUUUAGCCCUUAGUCUGAGAAAAGUUAAGUCUGUGUUGGUUGAAAAGCACAACGAAGAAGACAACACAGUGGGUGUUCCUGUGAGACAUGAUACAUUAUAUAGGGAUGACUUCGAAAUUAAGCUGAAAGAAGAAGCUUUACUCAACAGAGUAUUGAAGGAGAAGCUAUUGUCAAGGGAACUGGACAUUGAACAAUUGCAGGCAGAUGUAGCAUCUUUUGUCCGGAUCCAAGAUGCCAUGGAAAAUGAGAUCCAUAGAACUCAGGAUGAAUUAUGUCGCGCAACCCACAAGUUUAAGCAUUUUGAACUUCAGGUUUUGAAGAAAGACGAGAGCAUUAACCAGAUAGAACAGGAUUUUCAGGAAUCUGCAAAGGAGUUGACCACUCUCCGGUGCACCCUUAAAUCAGUAAGUGAUGAAAGGGAUGCCUUGUGGCAGGAAACAAAGCAUUUGCGGAAAACUGUUAGCGUGCUGCAAAAUGAUGUUGCCUCAUUAAAGCAGAAGAUCAAAUCGCUUGACGAAGACAUACAGCUGAAGGAAGGCGAGAUACUGCUGCGUGAGGGUGAGAUUUCCAUAUUACAGGACAGCAUCGAUAGGCCACUCGACAUCAUCUGCACUCCUCGGUCAAUGAAACAGUUUGACAUGGAGUAAAUUUGCGUAGUUCACAUCCUUCUGGCUGGAUUCUUCAAUGGCCUUUUCCUUCUGUCCAAUCUUUUAGAAGCAUAGAAACUCGGGCUGGAUUCUAAAAUGGCCUUUUCCUUCUGUCUCUACUUUUAGAAACAUAGAAGAAGCUCAGGCUGGAUUCUCAAAUGGCUUUUUCCUCCUGUCCCUUCUUUUAGAAACAUACUGUAGUUCACAUCCUUUAUCCGUCCUUAAAUAUAGUUCACUAUAUUGGUAGUUGGAUAAUGGUCUAUCCUUCUUGUUUGCACUAUGACGGUGCAACCUGUGUUGCUACCUUCAUUUAGUUUUGUGAUACUGCACUUUG